UUGUUCUCUUCGUUUCUUUUCCAGAGCUCAUCCAGAUGUAAAGCCACCAAGAAAGGUGGAGUCAUUAUCAAAAAGCUUUUGACACUGGGAUCGUAGCCGAUAUCCGCAAUGACAGUAACGCAACCAAAGGAAUGAAUUGCACACUCAAUGAUUCAGCUGCUCACCAUGUUUCACUGAGAAAACGAUCUCCUGUCGCGAACAGUCAACUAAGCAUGAGAAGAACAUAAAAACCUUAAGGUGCUACAGGGAGAAGAGUUAGCCGUGGCCCAGCAAAAGGGAAGUUUGAGAAUAGUGAACGCGAAGAAAUGUCUUCUGGGCAAAGGCGCGGCGGACACAGAGGGUGAGAGUGUCUGGAGUUUAAUACCCACCCACGUGGGCGCCAACCGGCAUGUACGUUACAGCUUUGCUAAUCUAACAAUCCCUUGCCUGCUCAAAUCCAGAAGUAAAAACAGCAACAGAGAAAAUGGAACCGAUUAAACCUGCUGCGGGACAAAAAAGUACAAAGCAGCCACGAGAGAAGAGUAUGCUGCAGAGGAAAUGGGGCUCCGAGCCUUCAGCAGGUACAAAGAGAAGCACUUUUGCCGAUCAGGAACUGAAAAGGCACUCGCAUCGCGACACCAUUGUUCAAAGCAGCAGUGGCAGCUCCACUGGAUCUUACAGUCCUGGCAAACUGCAGAUGUCAACUGCAGUAGGCCAGCCGCCUCAGGAAAACCAGUACCCACAGCAUUUCCCAAGUCCUUAUUCAUACCAGAUGGCUCAUCCCUUUUCACAACAAUCCAUACCACAGAGAUUUCUGCACAACACCAAGCCCCAGAGAGGCCCUGACAUCAGUGCCUGGCCGUUUGCGAGUAAGCUUCAGUCAACUGCCUCAGAAGACUUGUUGUCCGUGCACUCCCGGGGUCAUGGAGGGGUCUUCUCCCGGAGGAAAUCUCCAAGUUUAGCUGCUGCUUAUAGCCAGUAUUCACAAGCAGGGAUGGAACCAGCGGAAGAGAUGCACAAGAAAGAGCAAAAGCCGAAAAAGCCUGGUAAAUACAUCUGUCACUAUUGUGGGAGGGCAUGUGCUAAACCCAGUGUCUUGAAGAAACACAUUCGGUCCCACACCGGGGAACGUCCAUACCCGUGUAUUCCAUGCGGCUUUUCUUUUAAAACAAAAAGCAACUUAUAUAAACACCGGAAAUCCCAUGCCCAUGCUAUUAAAGCAGGUCUGGUUCCUUUCUCGGACCUCGCGACUAGUCGUUCGGACAUGGACCAGCCGUCUUCUGUCGGAGAAGCAGAAGUGCAUUCGGACGGCGAGCAGAGUACGGACACCGAUGAAGAGAUAGCUUUAGGUUCCGAAGGUUCUGUGUUUUUGGACAAGAGCAGCCCCGUACCGCAGAUUUCUUUAUUGUCUGACAAAAAACCCCUGGAGAAAGGAAGUGAUCUGACUGGUAUGGAUCCACCAGGGGACCUGGCCAUAACCCCCAUGAAAGUGCCUAUCCUAAUCGUCCCAAAAAGCGGAAUUCAGCCAGUGAACGAGUGUCCCCCCUUUACAGAAACUGAAACGUCCAAGAGCGCUGCUCUUGCCUACCGUGUGGAUGACUCUCACACCAUCAAACAAAGACUGGCAUUAAGACUGAAUGAGAAGAAGGGAAGUGAUUCGGAGCCCAUGCUAAAUCUCCUAAGUCCGCACAGCAAAGGUAGCACAGACUCUGGUUACUUUUCCCGUUCCGAAAGCGCCGAUCAACAGAUCAGUCCCCCAAACACAAAUGCGAAAUCCUACGAGGAGAUCAUUUUUGGGAAGUACUACAGGCUGAAUCCUCGGAGCGCGGUAACUGGGAUGGUGAGCCAGGAUUCCAGUGCGGUGGACAUUAAAGAAAAACCAGGAGUUUUGCCCAUGAUUGCCUCCAAAUUUGGCAUAACAAAGAUAAUUGAUGAGCACAUAUCACAGCUCAUGACAGGUCCAGAAGCAUUGGGGGACCACCGGAAGCUGAACACCACCAAGAUGACAAUAUUUUCUGAUAGUUCUGAUAGUUCCCACUUGUUAACAAGCCAUGACUCCAAACAGUAUCCAGCAGGUUCUUGCCAAACUAAUACAGGUCUGUUGGAAGCCUUGCCAGAUUCUGGGCCGCUUAUAAGGAGCAACUCCAUGCCUACGCAGUCGGCACCCAGCCUUAGUGUUCCACAAGGCCUGAGAGGAAGCCACUCGUUUGAUGAACGGAUGACGUCUGAUGACGUCUUUUACCCUGGCACUACUGGCGUGUCUCAUCGGACCAUGCUAAGGCGACAAGCUGCUUUCGAGCUGUCAUCAGCGCAUGAGGGCCACGUGGACUCUGACAGCUAUAGCAGCCACUCGAAAAGCAUUGCAAGGGGUAAGCUGUGUGAACUCGGUCAAGUGAUGCCGGAAGGCAAAAUGUUAAAUGUGGACAGGAGCCUGUACGAAUGUGAGAUGUGCGAAACAAGUUGUCGAAGAUGGGAAGAUUUUGAAAAUCAUAAAAGGUUUUCCUGUCCGGAGUUGCGUGGAUCGUUUUGUGCUUUCAACCUGAACCCUAGUGUCGAGUCUUACUCAGAUUAUGUCCUCCAGACACAGCUCCUUCAGCAAAGGCAAGCCACGGAGACUGCAACACGCAAACGGAGGAAGGAAAAAAGCGUUGGGGAUGAUGAGGAUCCCCCGAGCCAAUAUGGUACAGAAGUUCGGGCUCCUGCAGAAAUGCUGGUAUCAGGGGAUUACGACCCCAAAUUAAAAGGUGAAAACUUUGAAGCUGCUACAUCUAAUAUGACUGCUGAUGACGUUCUGCUGGUGACCGACUCAGAGAAAAUGACCGAAAACAGAAGGGCAGCCGGUAAUGUUAUUUCGGUCAUUCAGCACACCAAUUCGUUAAGCAGACCCAACUCUUUUGAAAAGUCAGAAUCAAUUGAGCUUCUCUCCUACCAAGACAAGCUGGUUAGUCAACACUCCGAACAGUCGGAUUCAGAAACUACAGAGGAUGUGCAAACUGAAACCACUUCUUGGGCUGAAAGUAUGGAGCGCCAGAAGACCGAAGGCAGGCAAAGCGCACUGCCACCAAAUCACCAGCAAUAUCAUAUGCCACACAGGCUGGUGCGCCAACCCAAUAUCCAAGUGCCUGAAAUCCGGGUGACAGAGGAGCCUGACAAGCCAGAGAAAGAAUUGGAGGUCCCGGCGAAGGAACCGGAGAAACCUGUCGAGGAGUUUCAGUGGCCACAAAGAAGUGAGACUCUUUCCCAGCUGCCAGCCGAAAAGCUGCCCCCCAAAAAGAAACGCCUGCGUCUGGCUGAAAUUGAGCAUUCCUCAGGGGAAUCCAGUUUCGAGUCUACCUGCACCAGCCUCUCCAGGAGUCCUAGCCAAGAAAGUAAUCUGUCCCACAGCUCCAGCUUCUCCAUGUCCUUUGACAGGGAUGAAAACAUGAAGUCCGUUUCCCCAACCAAGCAAGAUGAGCUUGGCAAGCCAUCAGAGUUCCUUACGGUGCCGGGCAGUGCGCAUUCCCUGUCUAUUCCAAGUCAGCACCAGCAGAGGGAGAUGCGGCGUUCUUCUUCGGAGCAAGCACCUUGUCCGCUGCCGAUCGAAAUCCCAGAAAUCCGCAGCAAGUCAUUUGACUAUGGCAGCCUCUCGCCCGCCUCCACCCAAGCCGAUCCUUACGUUAAUUCGGUUAAGGAGAGGAAGAGAUGUUUCCUUGUCCGACAAGCCUCCUUAAGCGUUUAUCCUGAAACGGGGGCACAAGAGCAAAGCCCAGAGCAAGCUGCCAAGCAGGAUCACGUCGAGCAGCUACAGGUUGGCCACUAUCCACCAUACAAUGUUUGGCAUGGCUCCUCUUCAUCGGGUCUUCAGAGCAUUCCGUUUGGAGAUUCGAGUAAAUGCAAGCGAAGUCUGCAGUACCAUGGGGUAGCCGAGGAACCUCAACAGGAAGGCCACUCCUCGGUUCCAAAGGUGUCUUAUAACCCUGGGCAGAUCACACCAGAAAACGAUGGGCAACCGCACGAGCAUUCGGGCAGAGAAGUUAUGCAGUAUUCAUCCUUUCAUGCCAGCAGCAGUCAAUCCCCUUUCCCUGUUCUCCCUAUUCAGCAAGCCUUAUUCUGGCAAUCCCACCACGGGUCUUCUCCAAGGCAUCUACAGCAGCAUCUUGCCUUCCAAGCUCAACAUCUACAGAAAUUGCAUAUCAGACCACCUAACCUGUCAUUGGUCCACCAGAAAGGCCAUUCAUCUCACCAGCUGCAGCAAAUCCAUGAGCAACCAGAUGCAAAGGCCCUGGAGAGCCUUUGUGACCACAGUUUCCAGUAUGUAUCUAGAGCCUCCUCCCAGAACACCGGGCACAUCUCGUCGCAGACGUACACAACGAGCGGAGUCUUGCUGCAGCAGGUUCAGCCGGUCUUUGCCACUCAGAACAUUGGCGGCUCUCAGCCCUCACUCCCUGGUAUGUUAGUUCCCGUCCGGAUUCAGACUCACGUGCCAUCUUACAGUAGUGUCAUGUACACCAGUGUUUCUCAGAUCAUUGUCUCCCAUUCGCAGAGCACAAGUUCAGCUACGGUGCUAUGCAAAGUGAGUGAUAAUAUUUCCCAGGGCACUUUUUCUACUUCGAGUGCAAUGCAAGGGAUAGGGUUUAACUUAUCUCACAUACUGGGCCAUCAUGGAGGACUGCUACGAUAUCCACUCUGGAAAGUUCCUCAGCCGCUAACGAGCCGACUGGAAGCAGGAAUUCCUUUGUGUCUGACAUCCGGAAGCAUCACGGUUACCGAUGCUUCAUCUAGUAUCGGUGGAAGCAAACGCAUGCUGUCACCCGCGAGCAGCCUAGAGCUUUUCAUGGAAACUAAGCAGCAAAAACGUGUCAAGGAGGAGAAGAUGUACGGGCAGAUUGUUGAGGAACUCAGCGCCGUGGAGCUCAGCAAUUCGGGCGUAACAAAAGACCACUCCAAAUAUCAGAAGCCCGAAGCUGGAAGGCGUGAGGGCUCGGGUGCACUCAAGGAAGGAAUGGUCAGUUCUUCUUCGUUAGAUUUUGCUGAAAACAAAGCACUUUCCCCCAAACCAGUGUCCCAUCCUGACGACAGUAGUGAUAACGUGUCUCUGCUGCAAAAAACGCUAGUCAAAAGUAGCAGCGGGAGAGAUUCACCAGAAGAGCUGGAAGUUGACGAAGCCACACCGGAGACCGGCGCAAGUCCCCGGUCUUUUCUCUCAGCAAGUAGCACUCAGGAAGACCUCCAAAUGCAACAGACUAGCAAGGUCCCAGUUAACAUGCUGGUCCAUCUGGCGGCCAAUCAGGGGGGAGCAGCAGUUGGAGGUACAAUUUUGCUCACCGACGUUGCUGAUGUCCAACAGCUCUUUCAGUUUCCUAGUCUUCGAACAACCACAAGUGUCAGCUGGUGCUUCCUCAAUUAUACAAAGCCAAACCACUCCCAGACCACUCCAGUUUCUUCUGUGUAUGCCUCGUGGUGCAUCAGUUCCUACAAUCCCAAUCCUCCUAGUCUUAGUACAAAGGCUUCUUUGGCCCUUUUGAGGUCAAGACAGAGGAAGAAUACGGAGACCUACACUAUGGCUGCUUUUUACAGACCUGGGAGUGGCAAACUGGUGUCUUCGCUCUCCUGGAAACAGAAGUUUGACCAGGUGAAACCAGAGCUGACACAACUGGAAGUGACGAAGUUUGAAAAGAAAGCGAAGCCUACUGCAGCGAGGGAGCGAGAAAAAGGGGAACAUCUCGGGGAGAAAGACAUAUCAGGAAAGCCAGCAGAGCCCACUCGAAUAAAAAUCUUUGAAGGGGGGUAAGUGUUUGGUUUUUAUUU